AACCUUGUAUCGCAAGGCAGCCAAACUUACAAUUGCUAAGUUGCGCGUGUCAUCCAGUGCGCUUCCUCGGUGUCCCCACGCCUCCUCGUACCGAUGACCGCUGUAGCGACAGUCGCAGCCUUGAACGGACUCGAAUCGGAGCUGACAACGAUGUCUAAGUCUGCCUUCAUGGAGAUCCCGCCAGUGCAACAGACACCUGUGUCAAUGUCCAUGAACCACUCCAGCUACCCCGUCCGAUGUCUGCACCCGACCUCGCACACCCAGCACGAAAGCGCCUUCAGCACAGCGGCGCCUCACUCCCGCCCCCUCGGGUACCCCUUCUCCAUGAACCCGAUGGCUAACCAUCCAGGCCACCCUUACGGGAACCCUUACUCCACGGCUGCGGUCACGCCUGUCUCCGAGAGUAGGUUAGGGGGGUUCUCCGACGACGACAACGAGCGGCUAUAUCACUUUUCCCGGACAGACAAGUCGCCCGACCCGACAGACCAACGCAUCAAUGGCAAGGGGAAGAAAAUGCGUAAACCUCGCACCAUCUACACAAGCUUCCAGCUUCAGCAGCUCAACCGAAGGUUCCAGAGAACCCAGUACCUCGCCCUGCCGGAGAGAGCCGAGCUCGCCGCCCAGUUGGGUCUCACUCAAACCCAGGUGAAGAUCUGGUUCCAGAACCGUCGUUCUAAGUACAAGAAGCUGAUGAAGCAGGGGGGUGCCCCACCACCCGGCGUCGGUACACCCAACUCCUCCGCCCCGAACCCCGUUCAACAACAGUCCGGUCAGCCCGGCCACGCCAGCCCGCCCGGUGCACCUACAGACCUCAGCGACCAACAAAUGUCUCACGGCGGCCAGCCCAACCUGCCGCCUCGGGCGCCGAGCCAGGGGCAGCCGCAGAACGCGAUGAUGACGCCGCCUGGGCAGCAGCAACCUGCCAUGACCAGCGCCGCUCCAAUGCCGACCUCCUCCCCACCCGUAUGGGACGUCAACAGUACCAAAGCCAUGGCAAACUACAUGAACUCUCACCACUACUCCCCCUCUCCAUGGCACUACCAGGAACCGCUGCAGCAAUCCCAACAACUCCUAACAUAGAGAGGCAACAACAGUAUGUAUUGCCGCCUGUCAACUUCUUACAGAGACUUUGACCAAACUUUGAGAAACUGGAAAUAAUCGUAGGGAGAACAUAUUGCUACAGAAUGUAUGUGUGUAAAUGUUUUAUACCGUGACGUCGAUUCAAGGAACACAUUGCGUUGUUGUGUAAAGAUUGUAAGAUUCGGGCGUCGCGAAUUUGGUGUUACCUUUAUUUAUUGAACAACAACACAAGACGUUAGAUCAGGUAUAGAGAUAUGAAUUUCCCAUAUCGCUUAAUAUUCGACUGUUGAUUUUCAUCAUCAUAUCUUUCCAUACCGCUGCGGGGUAUGUUGUAAAAUAUUGACAUAUUGAAUGUAUCUUGUUGUAACUUUUCUAUAUUAUGUUUGUGUUGAAAAUAACGUCCUCAUUUAGGAAUUCUAGAAUUACGUUUUUUUUCUAUCGUUGUGGAAAAUGGUCCAUUUCCGCUUGUUGAUUCCAAGUGAUGAAAUGGACAGUAAAAUGCUUCACAUUUCCUAUAUAUCCACCGACAAUCGAAGUAUAUAAGUUACAAGCGUGUGAAAGGGCCUAUGGCUUUUCCCAAGUUCUGUACAUUAAGCAACAUGUAAAUAUAGAGUUUUUCCUUCCGAAGUCACAAGGCGUAUUAAGUAUGGUGUAGUUUGGUCAACGGUGGUACACGUAUUUUUGUAAAGUAAGUUAUUUGAACACUGCGUUUUUUCUUGUGCGAAAUUUGAUCAUUUUGAGCAAGUACACACAAUAUGCUUGGUCGCUUGUUUUGGUCAACAGUUGCGAAGCCUAAGUCCCACUCAAACUUUCCAUCUGAAAAUGUGAUCUACUCAACUAUUUAUACAUCUUACAAGUAAAAACGUGCAAUAGAAGAGGCAGUUAUCAAACGCCUUGUAGAAAUCAGCGACACAAAACAAUUUUUCAGACAAAAUCAUACAAAAGAAAACGCCAGAAAAAGAACAUUCGGAAAUGGCAUACGUUUCAACCGUGGUGUCUUUCUUUUGUAAGUCCAAAUUUUCAAGAUCCAUCUGCUCGGAGCUUGGCUCGCACUGACCACGCUUGCAUGACUAGUUUUGACGUGGGGACUAGAAUAUGCGAAGAUUUUGUUUAUUUUGCUCUUGUACGUGUACAAAAUACGACUUGUAGCCAGUCCUAUAUUUUCAUGCCUGUCUCUCCUAGGUAAUUUGUGUACAACCAAUUUUCUCUAAUUGUACGGUAGGCUCGUGCUUCGCCAGCCAAAAGUCCGGUAAUCUUUUGUCCGGUAUUUCCAUCACAAAUGAUAAGAAUCAGCUACUCUUGCUGUACAACCAUUCACGUAUAUGUUGACCAUUAUUGUACAGAGUCUCUAGUGGGAAGAACAAGUAUUCGUCUGGUUCGGUCCCCGAAAAAGAUAGCAUAAUAAAAGAAACAAAAUCAUGAAACAUA